UUAUUAUUUAAAUUAUUUUUAUCCCAUAUUUUCAACGUUUUCAUCUCUAUAAAUGCAGACUCUUCUCUUCUCUCCCUUCAUAUUGCAGAAGUUGAAACAUUUCCAAGACUUGUUUUUUAUUUUAUUUUCGAGGGUUUAAUAUAUUUUCUUAAUUGAAGUUGAAGCAUUUUUGGAAGAAUUAACAUAAAAGAGAUGGCGGUGAAGACGAAUGGAUUUGUGGAGGGAAUUUGGCCGGAGGGAUUGAGGAAGCUUUUGAUGUCGCUUGCUUCGAAUUGGGGCGAAGUGUUUGAUGUUGAGGGCUUGAAGGUGGUUCAUUUGAGUGGUGCGAUGACGAAUGUGGUGUAUAGACUUAGUUGGCCUAUUAAGAAGGUUGAUGGAGAUGAUUGUGGUGGUGGAGUGAGGACGGUUUUGGUUCGGGUUUAUGGGGAUGGGCUCGAUCUGUUUUUUAACCGGGAGGAGGAGAUUAGGACGUUCGAGUGCUUGUCGGAGCAUGGUUACGGGCCUAAGCUCUUGGGGCAUUUCAAAGUGGGAAGAGUUGAGGAGUUCAUCUAUGCAAGGACUCUAUCAUCCGCUGAUCUCCGCGACCCCGAGACGUCCGCCCUGAUAGCAGCGAAGAUGAGGGAUUUCCACGAGCUCGAAAUGCCACCUCCAAAAGAGCCACUCCUAUGGAACAGACUGAGAAACUGGCUCUCUGAGGCCAAGAGCCUGUGCUCCCCCGGUGACGCCAACGAGUACAAACUACACAUCUUGGAGCAAGAAAUCAUCCUGCUAGAGGAGGCCAUAUCAAUGGAUCACCAAGAAAUCGGCUUCUGCCACAACGAUAUGCAGUACGGGAACAUCAUGAUCGAUGACAACGACUCGACCAUAACUAUAAUCGAUUAUGAAUAUGCAAGCUAUAAUCCUAUUGCAUAUGACAUUGCUAAUCAUUUUUGUGAAAUGGCUGCAAAUUAUCACACUGAUACACCUCAUAUAUUGGACUACACUAAUUAUCCAGGUGAAGAAGAGAGGAAGAGAUUCAUAAGGAAGUAUCUGAGCUCUUCAGGAAAAGAAGCAAGUGAGGCAUCAGUAGAUCAGCUAGCAGAUGAUGUGGAGAGAUACGCUCUUGCAAACCACCUCUUCUGGGGGCUGUGGGGGCUGAUCUCGGCAUAUGUGAGCCACAUUGAGUUUGAUUACAAGGAGUAUGCAAGGCAGAGGUUUGAACAGUACUGGUUGAGAAAGCCGGAAAUCUUGAAAGGCGGAGGCGGGGACGAGACGCCUGUGAACUCGGCUAGAGAUGUGUAGGAAGAGCCAAGAAAGUGUUCAUUCUUGAACCCCUUCUUUUUCAUAAAAAUUAUGUAUUGUAUAGUGAUACUAUAAUUUAAGUGUUCAAUCUAUACAUAUUGUGUUUAGUAGUUUUGAUAA